CCCUGAGCCUCGCCCUCUCGCGCUGCGGCCGCCCGUGCCUCGUCGGCCGCCUGUCCGGCAUGAAGACCAAGUUCUGCACCGGGGGUGAGGCAGAGCCCUCGCCGCUCGGGCUGCUGCUGAGCUGCGGCGGCGGCGGCGGCCCGGCCUCGGCGCCGGGAGUGGGGCAGCAGCGCGACGCCCCGGGCGAGCUGGAGCCCAAGCCGCUGGGCGGCCGGCAGCCCCCGGCCGCGCUGCCCGCGCCGCCGCCGCCGGCCGAGGAGCAGCCCGAGCCCCGCACGCGCCGCAAGGCCUACCUGUGGUGCAAGGAGUUCCUGCCCGGCGCCUGGCGAGGCCUUCGCGAGGACCAGUUCCACAUCAGUGUCAUCAGAGGUGGCCUCAGUAACAUGCUGUUCCAGUGUUCCUUACCUGACACCAUAGCCAGCGUGGGUGAUGAACCCCGGACAGUGCUCCUUCGGCUGUAUGGAGCCAUCCUAAAGAUGGUAUUUUUGAUAAAGCUGUGGAAUGGAAAGAGGUCCUGUAAUAAAGAGGGAUCCGAACAAGCUCAGAAAGAAAAUGAAUUUCAAGGGACUGAGGCGAUGGUUCUGGAGAGUGUUAUGUUUGCCAUUCUCGCAGAGAGGUCACUUGGACCCAAACUCUAUGGCAUCUUCCCCCAGGGCCGGCUGGAGCAGUUCAUCCCGAGUCGGCGCUUAGACACUGAAGAAUUAAGGUUGCCAGAUAUUUCUGCAGAAAUAGCUGAGAAAAUGGCUACAUUUCAUGGCAUGAAAAUGCCAUUCAAUAAGGAACCCAAAUGGCUUUUUGGAACAAUGGAAAAAUACCUAAAUCAAGUGCUGAGAAUUACAUUUACUGGGGAGUCCAGAAUGAAACAGCUGCAGAAGUUCCUCAGUUACAACCUGCCUCUGGAACUGGAGAACCUGAGGUCAUUGCUCGAAUCUACUCCAUCUCCAGUUGUAUUUUGUCACAAUGAUUGUCAAGAAGGUAAUGUCUUACUGCUAGAAGGCCAAGAGAAUUCUGAAAAGCAGAAGCUGAUGCUCAUUGACUUUGAAUACAGCAGCUAUAAUUACAGGGGAUUCGACAUUGGGAAUCAUUUCUGUGAAUGGAUGUACGAUUACAGCUAUGAAAAAUACCCCUUUUUCAAAGCAAACAUUCAGAAGUAUCCUACCAGGAGGCAACAGCUCCAUUUUAUUUCCAGUUACUUGACAACAUUCCAAAGUGAUUUUGAAAAGCUCAGUAGCGAAGAACAAUCCUUUAUUGAAGAGGAAAUAUUGCUUGAAGUCAACAGGUUUGCCCUCGCCUCCCAUUUCUUCUGGGGACUUUGGUCCAUUGUACAGGCCAAGAUUUCCUCCAUUGAGUUUGGGUACAUGGACUAUGCACAAGCCAGGUUCGAUGCCUACUUUGACCAGAAGAGGAAGCUCGGGGUGUGACUGGGGAGGUCUCCACCCCUCACCACUGGACUGCGGGAGGCGGCCAGGCCGGACCCUCUGUACUGCACCAUGGCACUGGGCACAAGGGCCUCGGACGUCUCACUCACUGCGCACAGAUGUGUAUGAUACUAAAGACUGUAUUAAAGUGGAGUAACAUUUCUUCCCUAUCUUGUUUACGAUCUCACUAGGAAGCAGAAAUAUAGUGCAAUAUCUCAGACCCUUCCACCUAGAGGAAGGGGGUGUUUUAUGUUCUGGGCUAAGGCAUCCAGCCUAACACGGCCCACAUAGCACGUCAGCAGCGUCACCACGGAUUGACGCUGAUUGACACUUCCCAUGCCCGGAGCACAUGGCCCCGGCCCUUAGUAUGUGCUGAUGUGUUCGACAGCUGCUUCGGUCCUGAGGACAGGAGCGAGCAGACAUACUGUGAAGAGGCUCUGCCAGUGGCUGCAGCCGUGCGGGGUCCGCGCCUUGCAAGUCUGGGAGCUGCAAGGGCAGUGCUGGCCCGUGGUGCCUGGAAGCCCUGGCCUGCUCUGCGCACCUAAGGCGGUGCUUUGAGCUCCAGCUUCUGGCAGCACGGGGCUCCCCCGGGAGUGGGUACUAUGGCCAAGGCUCCAGACAUUCUGGCCUUCCUCUGCCCGCGCCACAGCUGGCUUCUCAGGAUCUUGCCUAGGACACCCUGCCGUGUUCACUGCUGCCGGCCUUCUGAGAGGGGCCAGCCUUCCCGGCCUCACCCUGCCCCUGGCACCGCUGUGGGACACAGCAGCCUGGGGUUGGGCACGGGUGGGCGAGAGCUGUGAAAUCCCUGUAUAUUGAAUGUCCAAUGGGAACAUUUUUACCUUUUUUUUUAACCUCUAAACUCUUUGUGUUGUUGGUUUUUUUGUUUUGUGCAUAUAUUUCUGCUACCAGGGACUGUACUCUACAGAUAAAUAAAGAGUUGAAACCUGA